CCUAUCCUCAUUCGAUCUCUCACUUUACGUCUGGCCGCUUCUGUACGACUGGUGAGGAUCUGUUGCACACCUUUACUCUGAUUAAAAACUUGGCCUUCGAUUCAGAUCUGAAGUGACAGCCAUGGGGGAAAAGGUUUGCGAAUACACUAUCCAAUUGAAGCAUUUGCUUUCCAGAUCUAAGUUGUUUUUCGCUUUUAGUUACUUUCAUUUCGAACACUCUUGACAGGUUACUACAAUAAUGGUGCUGAAGGUUGACCUGCAGUGCGAUCGCUGCUACAAGAAGGUGAAGAAAGUUUUAUAUAAAUUUCCUCAAAUACAAGACCAGAUAUUCGAUGAGAAGCAAAACACAGUAUUAAUCAAAGUUGUGUGCUGCUCUCCUGAAAAAGUUAAGCAAAAGAUUAUCUACAAAGGUGGUAAUUCUAUUCAGAGCAUUGAGAUCAAACCUUCUCCAAAGCCCAAAACUGAGGAGGCGAAACCAAAACCUCAGGAUCCAAAGCCAGCUGAAAAACCGAAAGAAGCUGCUCAGAAGCCCAAGGAAAACCCUGCGGCAAAUCCCAAGCCAGCUGAAAAGCCGAAAGAAGCUGAAGCCAAGCCCAAGGGAAAACCUGAUGAUGCGAAGCCUCCUGAACCGGUUCCAAAGCCUUCUGAACCGGCAGCACUCAUCGCUGUACCGUAUUAUCCACAGACCUACGUAGCUGGUGCGUAUAGCAGGCCACUUUAUGAAGGGUAUGGUGGGGGUCCAUUGCCAUCAUGUGAGGAAUAUGCGAUAGGGAGGCCGGUGUAUGAUAGUUACGGGGGUGGUGGUUAUUGGCCGCCUAGUUACGUCAACCGUUAUGAUUACUACUCCAGUGAGGAAAACCAAUCAGGAUGCAUCAUCAUGUAAUUUAACGGGAGACGUUACCAUCAGCAUGCAUGCACAUUAUAUGUAUCAUGAAUGGUCAUCAUCCUGGAGUUCUCUAUAAUAAGUUGGUGAUCUGUCAAACUCAGAACUCAUGGUCCAGAAGUCGUGGCUGCAAUAUUUCUGUUUUGUAUUUUUUAUUCCCUGUUAAGUGGUGUGGAGUUAAAAAAUGACAGAGAAAAGAGUAAUAAGAUCGUGUCAUUCGUCGGUGGGAUUGUGCCUGUCGGUGGAGAAUCGUUUCUUACUUGUCUUUCAUAUUCGUGUCGUUUUUGUUAAGAAUAAAUUUAUCAUGCCGUCUCAAUAAUAUUAUCGUUUUAAA